AUGUUCAUCAAAGCCGGGCCGGGAUCGGCCGAACCGGAGCGCCGUGGAUCAGUCUCCAACUGGUUCUCUUCUUUGAGACGUGGUGGUGGGCGACGUAAGCGCGAGGAAACUGCUGUGCCCUCAAACUACGGUUCACUGGGGAGGCGAAAGGAUGGUUCGCACCCACGGGGCAAGACUCGCUCCGCAUGGGACCUUACAACCGUCACUAGACUGCAACUCAAAGAUGAGCUCGGUGAAGUGGUCGCGGAGCUGGAGGCUCUGGAUGGGCAGGAGGAGUGUAAGCAAAACAGUAAAGCCAAGCAGAUGAGUAUAGGAAGGAAGAAAUUCAAUAUGGACCCGAAGAAAGGAAUCGAAUACCUCUACGAGAACGGAUUAUUGCAGAGGACACCUGAGGAUGUAGCGCAAUUUCUUCACAAAGGUGAAGGUCUAAGUAAGACGGCGAUAGGUGACUACCUCGGUGAACGUUCAGAAUUCAAUGAGGCGGUUCUCAAAGCGUUCGUUGAAUUACACGACUUCACGGACCUAAUACUAGUUCAGGCACUCAGACAAUUCUUGUGGAGUUUCCGUCUACCGGGCGAGGCUCAGAAGAUCGAUCGAAUGAUGGAGUGCUUCGCUCAAAGAUAUUGCCAACUAAACCCGGAUAUCUUUACGAACGCGGACACAUGUUAUGUACUAAGUUUUGCGAUAAUAAUGUUGAACACUUCACUACACAAUCCCAGUGUUAAGGACAAACCGCUGCCUGAACAGUUUGUGGCUAUGAACAGGGGAUUAACAAUGGCGGGGAUCUACCGCAGGAGUUACUCUUAUCGCUGUACGAGUCAAUAAAAACUGAGCCGUUCAAAAUACCGGAGGACGACGGCAACGAUCUCAUGCAUACUUUCUUCAAUCCAGACAAAGAGGGAUGGCUGUGGAAACAGGGAGGAAGAUACAAGUCGUGGAAGAGACGGUGGUUUAUACUGAACGAUAACUGCCUGUACUACUUCGAAUACACGACGGACAAAGAACCCAGGGGUAUCAUUCCAUUAGAGAAUAUUUCUGUGAGGCCAGCGAGCGACAGACAACGGCCUCAUUGUUUAGAGCUUUACGCGAGCGGUGGGGCUGAUCUCAUAAAGGCGUGCAAGACUGACUCCGAGGGGAAAGUCGUCGAAGGCAAACACACUGUAUACAGAAUGUCGGCAGCUACAGCGGAGGAGCGAGAUGAGUGGAUCGAGUGUCUCCGCCGCUCCAUCAGUCAUAAUCCGUUCUACGACAUGUUGGCGCAGCGCAAGAAGAAGGCCCAGCACAACGUGCACUCGGCGCACUAA